AUGUGUCUGAAACUGACCUGGGAAUUUUACUGGUUGAGCCAUGCCUCAGAAAGCACUUGUUCUGUGAACCUUCCAUCUGGGGGUGGUCCUCAGGCUGCCCCCUCUACUAGGCUGGCUUCAGCUUCUUUGCAGGACCGGGUGUCUGGAGACUACAUCCUGGUGUGGGAAGAAGGACCUCCAAAAAAGGACCAUAAGGUCAGGACCAAAGAUGAGAAGCCCAAGAAGAAAGAAGAUGAGCACCAUAACUGGAGGCUGAAUUUCUUGAGGCAACUCCGAGCUACUGGACUUCAGGUGGAACAGCAUAUAGUUAAGAGUGGAAAGAGAUCCAUACACUAUGCCUUGCUCAGCGCCCCCUGGACUGUUCUCUGUUACUAUGCUGAGGUUCUCAGGAUGAAGAUGCCCCUGCAGGCCUUGCCCAGCCAGCCCUCUAACUGGUCUGCUAAACUGAUGAGAAAACUAGGCCUAAGGGACCCACUGUAUGAGGAGGUUCCUGACAUGCCUCAGGACUACUACACCGGCCUGUUCAAGGUGAAGAAGUUAUCCAGGUUCCUGGGCAGUGACAAUCCAAAGACUUUCUUUGCCAGCACCAAAAGGCACCAGAUUCUCUACGAGAUCCUGGAGAAGACGACUUUCGGGCAUGAAAGGAGAGGGCUGUUUGGGAUUGAGCAGCUGCUGUCUGAGAAGGUCUUCAAUGCGGCGUUCCCCCCACAUGACGGCCCCUUCCAAAUCCCUCCAGGGGGACUGGCCCCUGAGGAAAUGAAUCAGCGUCAAAUCCUCUACCAUUACUGGGCCAGGUGGCGCAAAUGGACGAAAUACCAGCCACUGGAUCAUGUCCGAAGGUACUUUGGAGAGAAGAUAGCCCUCUACUUUGCUUGGCUGGGCUUUUACACGGCGUGGCUCCUGCCGGCAUCUGUGGUAGGGGCGGUGGUCUUCCUGGUGGGCUAUUUCAACGUGAACACAGAUAUCCCGACGCAAGACAUCUGUGACACUAAGAAGGACCACCAGAUGUGUCCUAUCUGCAGGGACUGCCCAUUCUGGAAGCUGUCCAGCAUCUGUGAGAUUGUGAAGACCGGCCGUCUCUUUGACAACAAUGGGACCAUUUUCUUCAGUGUGUUCAUGUCUCUGUGGGCGGUGACAUUUCUGGAGUACUGGAAACGCAAGAGUGCCAUGCUGGCCUACCGCUGGGACUGCUCUGACUACAAGGACUACGAGGAGCGGCCUCGGCCUCAGUUCGCCCUCAUGGCGCCUCUGGUAACGCGGAACCCAAUCACCAACCUAGAGGAGCCGUACUUUCCCAAAAAGAAUUAUUUGCAGCGCCUCUUCAUGUCAUCCUCCAUCAUUGUUGCCAUGGUGGUCUUCAUAACGUUGCUCGUGAUAGCCAUUAUCCUGUACCGGACAACAGUCACCAUCUUGGUGUCCAAAUCCACAAAUAUCUUCCUCCUGAAAUGGGCAUCUCGGAUCGCCUUUUCGACAGGCUCCCUGUUGAAUCUUUGCUUCAUCAUACUCCUCGACAAAAUCUACAUUCCGAUUGCGUAUGCUUUGACCAAUUGGGAAAUGCACAAAACCCAGUCCAAGUUUGAAGAUGCUUUUGUUUUGAAAAUGUUUAUUUUCCAGUUUGUCAACAUCUACUCCUUUCCGAUCUACAUCGCCUUCUUCAAAGGGAGAUUUUUAGGUUACCCAGGAAACUACAGUACCUUCUUUGGAAUUCGAAAUGAAAACUGCAUUCACGGUGGCUGUCUUGUCGAGCUUGCCCAGGAAAUGCUGGUCAUCAUGGUGGGGAAACAGAUCUUGAACAACCUGUUGGAAAUUCUCCUCCCGAAACUGAAAGUGUGGAAACAUAGAAAAAACCAUGCCAAGCAAAAGAGGAAAAAUGAGAAGAAGACCUCAAACAUCCUUUGGGAGGCAAACUAUGAGCUUCUGGAAUAUGAAGGGCUGUUUCAGGAAUACCUAGAAAUGGUGAUACAGUUUGGAUUCAUCACCAUCUUUGUGGCUGCUUGCCCUCUCGCACCACUGUUUGCCCUCCUCAAUAACUGGCUCGAGAUCCGCCUUGAUGCCCACAAAUUCGUCUGCCAGUACCGGCGCCCGGUGGCAGAAAAAGCCCAGGGCAUUGGCAUCUGGUUUUGUCUCCUGCAGGCUCUGACCCGUUUGGCUGUGUUAAGUAACGCCCUCCUUAUCGCCUUCACGUCUGACUUCCUGCAAAGGACCUAUUACCGGCACACCCAUUCUUACGACCUCCGUGGCUACAUCAAUUUUACCCUGGCAUGGGCACCCAAGGCUUUUGUCUCCAAAUACAACCACACGUGCAGGUAUCAAGCGUUCAGAGAAGAAGACGGUCAGCAUUCUUUUACCUUCUGGAACCUUCUGGCAAUCCGUCUGGCCUUCAUCAUUAUGUUUGAGCACGUCAUCUUCUCCGUGGCCUGGCUGAUCAACAUCAUCGUGCCCGAUAUCCCAGAAUCAGUGGAAAUCAAAGUGAAGCAGGAAUACUACCUGGCCAAGGAGGCCUUGGCUGACCACGAGGUGACUCCUGGGACCAAGCCCUUCCCUGGGAGCACCCCUUAG